AUGAGCGACGUUAGCGAACACGAUGAGUCUUCAAGCUCAAAAUCAAGUUCAGAAUCAAUCAGCAGUGAUUCUGGUGAAGAUAAUAUCACUGUAAGAGGAGUGCAACCUUAUCAAGACAAACCUCUUGCUAACUCGAGCGACGAAGAGGAAGAUGAGCUUGACGAAGAUGGUCUGUCUUCAACUGUUCUUUGUUCAAGAUUCGAACGUCAAGUUCCCUUUGAUCAAUGGUGUAAGUGUGGGCAAUGCUGUACCGAGCAACUGCAGAAUCCAAGAGAGUGUAGGUGUUGUCAUGAGGUUGCAGAAGCUGUACACAAGUUGAUAUUUGAUGGAUCGAUUGAAAAAUUUAAAUGUGUCACGCAACACGAAGACUAUGCAGCCAUGACAAAUCGAACAGUACUUGAAAAUGUUGGGCCUAUGUUAAAGGACAGAAAUGGCAGAAGUUACCGUCGCGUCGUCAUGUAG